GAGAGAGCUGCAGACCUAGGUGGAAGCUGCGUGAUUCUCUGGGUUACUUGUAAACCUUUGCGUGAGCUUUGUAGUGAUACUCUGUUUUACACCCUCUGUGCCUCAGUUGAAAAAGCCGUCUGGACUAGUCCAAAUGGAUGCAAUUCUGAACUGCAGACCGAAUGACUUGGAAGAUUAUUACGAUUUGCUAGGAUGUGAUGAACUGUCUACGGUCGAACAGAUUCUUGCAGAAUUUAAGAUCAAAGCCCUUGAAUGUCACCCUGACAAACAUCCUGGAAACCCCAAAGCAGUGGAGAAUUUCCAGAAGCUGCAGCAAGCUAAGGAGAUUCUUACUAAUGAAGAGAGUCGUGCGCAUUACGAUUACUGGCGGCGAAGCAAAAUUACCAUUCCGUUCCAGCAAUGGGAGGCCUUGAGCAAUUCUGUGAAAACGUCAAUGCAUUGGGCUGUCCAAAAUAAGAAGGACCAAAUGCUGGAAGCUCCAGAGUUGAAUAAUAGCAACAACGUAACUAGUGAGAUUUGGACCCAAAAGACUGAAAACGAUGAAGAUGGAUUGUCAGAUGGGAACAGGGAGCAAGAUGAUGUUGCAAUUCCUGAUGGGAAACCACGGUCUUCAAAGAAUCCAGACUCCCCAAGAUUUUCAGAGGCAAAUUACUGGCACUUGCGUUUCCGCUGGUCAGGGGAUGCUCCAUCAGAGCUUCUGAGGAAAUUCAGAAACUAUGAGAUCUAAAAGUACGCGUGAGAUCAUCUGUUCAACAAUUCAGUAUUUUUUUUUGUCAGCAGUUAUAAGUUAUUUGUAUUUUGUAUUCAUGCAUUGUGAUGUGAACAUUGAAUAAAUGU